AUGGAAGUGAACAAUGGAAAAUAUAAUGAAGAUAACGUUGGAGAAGAUAAUGAAGAUGACGUCGGAGAAGAUAAUGAAGAGUAUGAUGAAGAUUAUGAUGUUGGAGAAGAUAAUGAAGAGGAUGAUGAAGAUUAUGAUGGUAGAGCUCCAUCAAAAGGAGGAAGUGGUGGACCUUUGGGCAUUAACAUGGAACAACAUUCUGGAUCAAGUGGUGGUAGAGGAGAAGGGUUUCAAAACCCUGCAUCAAGUGGUUCAGAUGGAUCAAUAUCUAACAAACAGCGUCGUAAGAGGAAAAUUUUAGAAGGCAACGUUGAUGAAGGAAAUGAUUAUAUAUCUACCUCUCGACCCGUUGGUUUUGGGUACGGUGCAGAAACAGAUACGUUCGGAGGUGGUGAUGUUGUUCUCGUAACUCCACCCAAAAAAUAA